AUGGUCGAUGAGAAAUAUUCCUCAAGUUCACAUAUCUUCACCGACGGCUCCAAAAAUACAGAUGGUAAAGUUGGCUGUGGCAUACAUGACUCGAUCAACAACAGAUUUAUAGCUCUACCCAAUCAAUGUUCCGUCUUUAGCUCCGAAGCCUAUGCUUUAAUGGACGCCCUUCAAAACACCCAGACUCCCAAUCCUCCCGUCAUAUUCUCCGACUCCGCGAGCGUUUUAAAAGCUGUCUCCGGAGGGAACUUAAAACAUCUCUGGAUCACAACCAUAUCCGAAAAAGCUCUAAACAGAAAAGCAACCCUAGUCUGGAUACCGGGCCAUGCGGGAAUACCCGGCAAUGUCGCCGCCGACCGUCUGGCUCUCCGUGGCACAGAAGAGACUCCCUUAUCCAUAUCCAUCCCACAACAAGAUGCCUAUCGCUACGUCAAAAAUCAACUUAGUCUUGCCUGGGAGAGAAAAUGGGUCGAAAAUCGAACUGCCAAACUGCGCGAAGCAAAAAACAGCACACUCAAAUGA